GAAAGUGUCCUGCAGAGACAAGGUAAAGAGCAAGAGGACACUGUGACAGAGGCUCCCAGGGAUCCUUACUGGUGCACAUCCUCCAGGUGUGGAUCCUAUACCUGCGUUCUGUGAGUUCUACAGAUGGCUAAGCAUCGGAGUUGGCUUCCAGUGAGCUUAUUUCUCACUGACGUUCUUUUUUUGGAGGCUGCAAAAAUCCUGACUAUAGCUACAAUGGGUGGAAGCCAUUAUAGAGUGAUGAAUCAGGUGUCACAAAUUCUUCAAGACCAUGGCUAUAAUGUGACCAACCUGCUUUACGAAAAUGGUCCCUUCCAAGAUUUUGAAAAGGAGAAAAUACCAUAUGAGGUUAUAACUUGGCUUCUACCUGAAGAUCAGAAAAAAGAAUUUCAUAAGAGAGUAUAUCUCCUUGUGGAAGAAUUAUUUAAUGAAAGGUUCAAUCAUCACACACUUGUAAAGAUAUAUAAAUACUUUGCGGACAUAUGCAGUCACUUAUUAAGCAGAAAGGACAUCAUGGACUACUUAAGGAAUAAGAACUUUGACCUGGUAUUUUUGGAUGCAGCAGAACCUUGUGUUUUCUUAAUUGCUGAGAAACUUGAAAAACAAUUUGUGGCCUUUCUUCCCAUGCAAUUUAGCUCUAUGGACUUUGGACUCCCUAGCCCCUUGUCUUAUGUUCCAGUGUAUGGUUCAAGACUAACUGACCAAAUGGACUUCUGGGGCCGAGUGAAGAACUUCCUGAUGUUCUUUGAUUUCUCCAUGAAGCAAAGACAAAUAUUUUCUCAAUAUGAUGCAACCAUCCAGGAACAUUUUGCAGAAGGCUCUCGUCCAGUUUUGUCUGACCUUCUACCGAAAGCAGAGCUGUGGUUCGUCAACUCUGAUUUUGCCUUUGAGUUUGCUCGUCCCCUGCUUCCCAACACAGUCUAUGUGGGAGGCUUAAUGGACAAACCUGCCAGGCCAAUACCUCAAGACCUGGAGGAUUUUAUCACUACUUUUGGAGACUCAGGUUUUGUCCUUGUGGCACUAGGUUCCAUAGCAACCAUGUAUCAGACCAAGGAAUUUAUUAAGGAGAUGAACAGUGCCUUUGCUCGCCUUCCUCAAGGGGUGCUGUGGACAGUUAAGGAUGAACAUUGGCCCAAAGAUGUCAGAAUGGCCUCAAAUGUCAAAAUCAUGGAUUGGCUUCCCCAAGCUGACCUUCUGGCGCAUCCUAGAAUUCGUCUUUUUGUUACCCACGGUGGAAUGAAUAGCAUCAUGGAGGCCAUCCAGCAUGGAGUACCCAUGGUGGGGGUUCCCUUCUUUGCAGACCAACCUGAAAACGUGGUCCUUAUAGAAGCCAAAAGAAUUGGUGUUUCAGUUCAGGUAGAGACUCUCAAGGCAGAGACAUUUGCACUUACACUGAAAGAAGUCAUUGAAAACAAGAGGUACAAGUCUGCAGCAAUGACUGCCAGGGCCAUCAGGCGCUCCCACCCCCUCACACCUUCCCAGCGUCUGGUGGGCUGGAUUGACCACAUCCUACAAACAGGGGGAGGCGCACAUCUAAAGCCCCAUGGCUUUCAGCAGCCAUGGCAUGUGCAGCACCUGCUGGAUGUCCUGUUGUUCCUGCUGGGGCUCACUCUGGCCACCUUGUGGCUGUUGAAGAAAGUGCUGGGCUUGUUGCUCAGGCCCCUGUGUGUGGCUAGGAAGGAAAAGAAGGCAUAAAGUUCAGUUUGACCUGAGGAGGAUGUUGGGAGCUCUGGCUCUUUAAAAGCUUCCCCCUUCCCUAGCACAGGGAGCUCCCAGUGUUCUCCUCUUUCCCUCUUCCUGCAGGUGGAGCUCCAGUUGUCCUCACUAUUUUCUGUCUUUUUCAUAAUGCUCAUACAGUACAUUGACUGAUGGAGACUCAGCAUUCCCUGGCUCCCCUUGCUUAAUACAAACCUUCUUUUCCUGGUCAUUUCUCCUCUUCACUCCUUUCUGCCAUUCACAGUGCUGUGAGAGUUUCAUCUUUUCUGUCACUUUUAGUCUCUGACUCUUAUUUCUCCAAUCAUUUGAGAUAAAAACCCACAGUAAACAAAUUCUACUUACUCUUUUAUUUUUUGUACUUUAUAAUCUCUCUUUAGAGUUCUGGUGCCUAAAGUGUUCUGUUCUACUCCUUCUGUUACCCUGUUAGGCAGGAUCAGGUACUCUCAGGAUUUAAUAAAAACCAGUUUGCCUGGAAAUGACAAUAUAAAAAUGUCAUAAAUACAUUUUUC